GUUUCCCGGAACAGCCCGCGCGGAGGAAAGGGAGGAAAAAAAGCCACCCUGCGGCCGGGGCCGGAGCUGGAGCCGCCGCUGCCGCCGCCGCCGCGGCCGUCUGGAGCUCCCCCGCGCGGACGAUGCCUGCCGUGCCCGCCUGGGGCUCGGGGCGGUGAGGCCCGGGGCGCGGGGUAGCUAUGGCGACGGCGAGCGCGGCCCGCGGCGCCGCCUGACAGGUGUGGGCCCCGGCGGCGGCGGCGUGGAGCAGCAUGUACGCCAAGGGGGGCAAGGGUUCGGCCGUGCCCUCCGACAGCCAGGCCCGCGAGAAGUUGGCGCUGUACGUUUAUGAGUACCUGCUGCACAUCGGUGCCCAGAAGUCAGCCCAGACCUUCCUGUCUGAGAUCCGAUGGGAGAAGAACAUCACGCUGGGGGAGCCCCCUGGGUUCCUGCACUCCUGGUGGUGCGUCUUCUGGGACCUGUACUGCGCGGCGCCUGACCGAAGAGAGGCCUGCGAGCACUCCGGCGAGGCCAAGGCCUUCCAGGAUUAUAGUGCUGCAGCCGCCCCCAGCCCUGUUAUGGGGAGUAUGGCCCCAGGUGACACAAUGGCCGCAGGCCCCAUGGCGGCUGGCUUCUUCCAGGGCCCCCCCGGCUCCCAGCCGUCCCCCCACAACCCCAACGCCCCCAUGAUGGGGCCUCACGGUCAGCCCUUCAUGUCACCGCGCUUCCCAGGGGGCCCCCGGCCCACCCUGCGGAUGCCGAGUCAGCCUCCCGCAGGCCUCCCUGGCUCCCAGCCCCUCCUCCCUGGCGCCAUGGAGCCCUCCCCACGAGCCCAGGGGCAUCCAAGCAUGGGCGGCCCAAUGCAGAGGGUGACGCCUCCUCGUGGCAUGGCCAGCGUGGGGCCCCAGAGCUAUGGAGGUGGCAUGCGACCCCCACCCAACUCCCUCGCCGGCCCAGGCCUGCCUGCCAUGAACAUGGGCCCAGGAGUUCGUGGCCCGUGGGCCAGCCCCAGUGGAAACUCGAUCCCCUACUCCUCCUCAUCUCCCGGCAGCUACACGGGACCCCCAGGAGGAGGUGGGCCCCCUGGAACACCCAUCAUGCCUAGCCCUGGAGAUUCCACCAACUCCAGCGAAAACAUGUACACUAUCAUGAACCCCAUCGGGCAGGGCGCCGGCAGGGCUAAUUUCCCGCUUGGCCCUGGCCCGGAGGGCCCCAUGGCCGCCAUGAGCGCGAUGGAGCCUCACCACGUGAACGGAUCCCUGGGCUCGGGCGACAUGGACGGGUUGCCGAAGAGUUCCCCCGGCGCCGUGGCCGGCCUGAGCAACGCCCCGGGCACCCCGCGGGACGACGGCGAGAUGGCGGCCGCCGGGACCUUCCUGCACCCGUUCCCGAGCGAAAGCUACUCGCCAGGGAUGACCAUGAGCGUGUGAUGGGGCGGCAGCCCCGGGCCUCUCUGCGGGCCUAGGCUUCUGCCCAGCGCCCCUGCUCAGGGCGAGGGGCUGAGGUCACACCUCGGGCACCUGGACUCCUGGCCAAUCAAGGCUUGCCCAGCUGGGAGGCCCCACACGAAAGACUCUUACCAUUUUAUUAAAAACGCAAGGACCUCAGAGACGUUCUUUUCUGUAUGGACCCUUCCUGCCAUUUGUAUUUUGUCCCAGAGAGAAAGGCUCUUUGGGGGGCCCCUCUCCCCAGGACGUCAGGGGGUGGGGCCCAUCAAUAAAUGGAAGCUGGUUUUGGUUUUUGGUA